UAAAAGAUAUAAAUAAAGGAUAUUGAGGAGAUUAAUCGCAUUUGGGGAUUAGGCGCAUUUUCCGCUUGGCGCUUUGUGCUCGGGCUACCUCUUCUGAUGAAUUUUCCGAACACGAUUUAAAUUUUUUUUAAAUAAUUAAUUAAUAUUUAGGCACCAAAUACCGUAAAUAAAGAAUCAACAAAAAAAGUUCCAGAAGAAGAUCAUUGUCCUAUUUGUUUGAGUAAAUGGAGCGAUAAACCAAGACCUACAAUGACUGGACGCAAAUGCAAUCACAUCUUUCACAAAGAUUGUGUUUAUGGAUGGCUUGAAGACGAUGCAUCUCCAUUAACAUGUCCAGCUUGUAGACAGCCUUAUUUGGAUAUUAAAAUUCCAAUACAAGAGCCAGUAUUUUCUGAUGGAACAUUUUUUUAUGAGGUAUAA